GAGAGAGAGAGAGAGAGAGAGAGAGAGAGAGAGAGAGAAAGAAAGAGAGAAAGAGAGAGAGAGAGAGCCAGACAGACAGACAGACAGACAGAGAGGACGUUUCUCUCUGCUCUCAGACUGGAAUGGUCUUGGUCAGGUGGUGGAGAAGGAGAGAGGGAUAGAGAUUAAGUGAAAGAGAGAACAGAGGGGAGAGGUGAAACACACAGAGGGAGAGAGAGAUGGAUGGAUACAGGGAGAAAGAUAAAAACAGGAGCUAUAUCUCAAAUUGAAAUGGCCCCUGUCAAAUAGAUGGAGAGUGAGGGAGAAAGGAUAUUUCAGAGUGGAAGGGAAAAAAGGGGGAGUGGGAGGAAGAAAGAGGUAGAGAGGGAGGAGAAGGAGGUAGAGAGGGAGGAGAAGGAGGUAGAGUGGGAGGAGAAGGAGGUAGAGUGGGAGGAGAAGGAGGUAGAGGGGGAGGAGAAGGAGGUAGAGAGGUAGAGAGGGAGGUAGAGUGGGAAGAGAAGGAGGUAGAGAGGGAGGAGAAGGAGGUAGAGAGGGAGGAGAAGGAGGUAGAGGGAGGAGGAGGGAGAGAGGGAGGAGAAGGAGGUAGAGAGGGAGGAGAAGGAGGUAGAGAGGGAGGAGAAGGAGGUAGAGGGAGGAGGAGGGAGAGAGGGAGGAGAAGGAGGUAGAGAGGGAGGAGAAGGAGGUAGAGAGGGAGGAGAAGGAGGGAGAGGAGUGUGGGCUGGUCUGGCUGCUUUAAUGGAAGCUGUCAGGAUGUUUAUAUUAAGUUUCUGUCCUCUCUGCUAAUGUGUCUGUCUCUCUCUCUCACACACACACACACACACACACACACACACACACACACACACACACACACACACACACACACACACACACACACACACACACACACACACACACACACACACACACACACACACACACACACACACACACACACACACACACACACACACACACACACAAACACACAGUGGUUUCAUUCAACAUUGUGUGAAAGCUGGAUGAUGGGUUUGGAUGAGCAUUCACAGCUUGUAUCAGGGACAUGUCGUCUGGAUAGCUUGGGCACAGCACUGCUACAUAACAAUUAAUGUACCACAGCUUCUCCUUCUCUGCUCACCAGCCUGGGGCAUCUACACACACACACACACAGACAGCGAUGGCAUUAUCAGGAGCCCUCUAAUUAAACACAGGCAGCUGCGGCUAAAGAGAGAGAGAGAGAGAGAGAGAGAGAAAGAGUGAGCGAGAGAGAGAGAGAGAGAGAGAGAGAGAGAGAGAGAGAGAGAGAGAGAGAGAGAGAGAGAGAGAGAUUGAAGGAGAAAAAAGAGAAAGUGAUAGGAGUGGGGUGGGCAGUUAGUGAGGCAGGGAUGGACGGAGAAAAGGAGCAGUUUAGAACGAUGGAGAGAGGAGUUUAAGGAAAAGAGAGUGUGUGCAAUAUUUUGUUUAAAGGGGUAGACAGAAAGUGAGAAUGAAACAGAACAGAGCGGAAAAGGGCAGAACAGAGCAGGACAGAACAGAGCAGGACAGAACAGAGCAGGACAAGACAGAAAAGGGCAGAACAAAACAGAACAGGACAGAACAGGACAGAACCGAGCAGAGCAGGACAAGACAGAAAAGGGCAGAACAAAACAGAACAGGACAGAACAGGACAGAACCGAGCAGAGCAGGACAGAACAGAACAGAGCAGAACAGGAAAGAGCAGAACAGAACAGAGCAGAACAGGACAGAGCAGAACAGGACAGAGCAGAACAGGACAGAGCAGAACAGAACAGAGCAGAACAGGAAAGAGCAGAACAGAACAGAGCAGAACAGGAAAGAGCAGAACAGAACAGAGCAGAACAGGACAGAGCAGAACAGGACAGAGCAGAACAGGACAGAACCGAGCAGAGCAGGACAGAACAGAACAGAGCAGAACAGGAAAGAGCAGAACAGAAAAGAGCAGAACAGGAAAGAGCAGAACAGGACAGAGCAGAACAGAACAGGACAGAGCAGAACAGGACAGAGCAGAACAGAACAGAGCAGAACAGGAAAGAGCAGAACAGAACAGAGCAGAACAGGACAGAGCGGAACAGAGCAGAACAGGACAGAACCGAGCAGAGCAGGACAGAACAGAACAGAGCAGAGCAGAACAGGACAGAGCAGAACAGGACAGAACAGAACAGAGCAGAACAGAGCAGAACAGAAAAGAACAGAACAGAGCAGAACAGAACAGAGCAGAACAGAACAGAACAGAGCAGAACAGAACAGAACAGAGCAGAACAGAGCAGAACAGAAAAGAACAGAACAGAACAGAGCAGAACAGGACAGGACAGAACAGAGCAGAGCAGAGCAGAACAGAGCAGAGCAGAACAGGUCAGAGCAGGACAGAGCAGAACAGAACAGAGCAGAACAGGACAGAACAGAACAGGACAGAGCAGAACAGGACAGAGCAGAACAGGUCAGAACAGGACAGAGCAGAACAGAGCAGAGCAGAACAGGACAGAGCAGGACAGAGCAGAGCAGAGCAUAACAGGACAGAGCAGAGCAGAGCAGAACAGGUCAGAACAGGACAGAGCAGGACAGAGCAGAGCAGAACAGGACAGAGCAGAACAGAACAGAGCAGAAAAGAACAGAACAGAACAGAGCAGAACAGGACAGAACAGAGCAGAGCAGAGCAGAACAGAGCAGAGCAGAACAGGUCAGAGCAGGACAGAGCAGAACAGGACAGAGCAGAGCAGAGCAGAACAGGUCAGAACAGGACAGAGCAGGACAGAGCAGGACAGAGCAGGACAGAACAGGACAGAACAGGACAGAGCAGAACAGGUCAGAACAGAACAGGACAG